GUGCGCAUGCGCGAUGCCAGCCUGCGUGGCCGCGAGUCCCGGAUUUAAAGGGGACGCGGGGGCGGCGCUGCUGGCCUAGGGGGCGGGGCCUGUCAGUCCCCGGACUCUCCUGCCCGCGGCUGCCGGACCAGUGGUACAUCGAGGGGGCUGUAUGCCUGCAGUUUUCAAGAUCCUCUUCUCACAGACUGCCAGGACACUAAGCAGAGGGGAAGGACUUCGCUGGCCGCAGAGCCAGACUUAUCUACUGAGAUUUGAAAGUUGCCUGCUGGGUCUCCCUGUGGCCAGCCCAUUUACUUGGUACCGGUUGCUGGUAAGAAAUAAGUCUCUCCUUUCUGCCAGCAGAAGCCGGGGAGCUUGUGCUGAAGAGUUUGCUGUUGCUUCAGCUUUGCGUGUUUGGCGUCGUAGGCGCUGCACAGUCCCUGAUGAGAUGGCGGAGCAGAGGUACUGCGUGGACUAUGCCAAGCGCGGCACAGCCGGCUGCAAGAAAUGUAAGGAGAAGAUCUUGAAGGGGAUGGUGCGCAUUGGGAAGGUGGUCCCCAACCCCUUCACAGAGUCAGGCGGGGAGAUGAAAGAGUGGUACCAUGUGAAGUGCAUUUUUGAGAAGCUAGAGAGGGCUCGGGCCACAACAAAGAAGAUUGAGGACAUCACAGACUUGGAGGGUUGGGAAGAGCUCCAGGAUCCAGAGAAAGAUAUGAUAAACCAGCAUAUCUCAGAGGCCACUUCCAAGGCGGCGAACACACCUAAGAAAAAGGCAACUAUCCAGGCGAAGCUCUCCCCCAGUGGACAGAUAACCAGUCCCAAGAAGGAGCUACUAGCUACCCCCAAUCCAUCUCCAAAGAAAUUCUCUGGCUUCAAAGCUAAACCAGGCAAUUCUGCUGAAGCCCCUGAAAGCUCUCCCCACAAGUCUAGCCUCUCUGCAAAGAAAUGUGACCCAAAGCACAAAGAUUGCUUGCUGCGGGAGUUCAGAAAGUUGUGCGCCAUGGUUGCCGAGAAGCCCAGCUAUAAUGUGAAAACGCAGAUCAUUCAGGACUUCUUGCAAAAAGGAACUGCAGGAGAUGGCUUCCAUGGUGACCUCUACCUGACUAUUAAGCUGCUAUUACCAGGUGUCAUUAAAAGUGUUUACAACUUGAACGACAAGCAGAUUGUCAAGCUGUUUAGCAGGAUUUUCAAUUGCAGCCAGGAGGAGAUGGUCCGAGACCUAGAGCAGGGAGAUGUUUCCGAAACUGUGCGCAUCUUUUUUGAAGAGAGCAAGUCCUGCUCUCCUGCUGCCAAAAGUCUCCUUACCAUCCAGGAAGUGGAUGAGUUCCUCACUCAACUUUCAAAGCUUUCCAAGGAGGACGACCAGCAAAGUGUGCUGCAGGAUAUCACUAGCAGGUGCACAGGGAAUGACCUGAAAUGCAUCAUCCGGCUAAUAAAGCAUGAUCUGAAAAUGAAUGCUGGUGCAAAGCAUGUGUUGGAUGCUUUAGAUCCUAAUGCUUAUGAGGCAUUCAAAGCCUCACGCAAUCUCCAGAAUGUGGUGGAGCGAGUGCUGAGGAACCAGCAGGAGACUGAGAAGUUGCCAGGUCUGAAGCGAACCCUCAGCGUGCAGGCCUCACUGAUGACCCCUGUUCAGCCCAUGCUGGCUGAAGCCUGCAAGUCAAUUGAAUACGCAAUGAAGAAGUGCCCCAACGGGAUGUAUGCAGAGAUCAAAUACGAUGGGGAGCGAGUUCAGGUCCACAAGAAUGGAGAUCACUUCAGCUACUUCAGCCGAAGCCUCAAACCCGUCCUCCCUCACAAAGUAGCCCAUUUUAAGGACUUCAUCCCCCAGGCUUUCCCUGGUGGACAUAGUAUGAUCCUGGAUGCAGAAGUUCUUCUGAUUGACAACAAAGCUGGCAAACCGCUACCCUUCGGGACCCUUGGAGUGCAUAAGAAAGCUGCUUUCCAGGAUGCCAAUGUCUGCUUGUUCGUGUUUGACUGCAUCUAUUUCAAUGAGAACAGCCUGAUGGACAGGCCCCUGCGUGAGCGUCGGAAGUUUCUCCAUGAUAACAUGGUGGAAAUCCCCAACCGGAUACUCUUCUCUGAGAUGAAGCAUGUCACAAAAGCUUCAGAUCUGGCAGAUAUGAUCAAUCGAGUCAUCCGUGAGGGGCUGGAAGGACUGGUGCUGAAAGAUAUAAAGAGUACGUAUGAGCCCGGUAAACGUCACUGGCUAAAAGUGAAAAAGGACUAUCUGAAUGAAGGUGCCAUUGCUGACACGGCAGACCUGGUGGUUCUGGGAGCUUUCUAUGGACAAGGCAGUAAAGGUGGGAUGAUGUCCAUUUUCCUCAUGGGAUGCUAUGACCCCAAGAGCCAGAAAUGGUGCACGGUGACAAAGUGCGCUGGCGGGCACGAUGAUGCCACCCUGGCUCGGCUGCAGAAGGAGCUGGACAUGGUGAAGAUCAGCAAGGAUCCCAGUAAAAUUCCAAGCUGGCUGAAAAUCAACAAGAACUAUUAUCCAGACUUCAUUGUUCCAGACCCAAAGGCAACCCCAGUGUGGGAGAUCACAGGGGCUGAGUUCUCUAAAGCAGAAGCCCACACUGCAGAUGGCAUCUCCAUCCGCUUCCCUCGCUGCACCCGGAUCCGAGAUGACAAAGACUGGAAGACUGCCACCAACCUCCCUCAGCUCAAGGAGCUGUACCAGCUCUCCAAGGAGAAGUCCGAUUUCAAUAUUGUUGUAGCAGAGGAGGAGGGGUCCACAGCCAGCAGCAGUGGCGAGAAUGAGGGAAAUUCUAGGUCUUCCACACCCCACAAAAUUGCUAAGACCCCCCCAAGCAAAUCGCCUCCAAAAGCCAAGAAGCCAGAAGGCAGCAAAGCAGUUGGUCGAUCCCCCCAGAAGAAGGCAGAGGAGAAGCGAGGGGAGAAACGGAAAGCAGUGGAGCUGGAUGACAACAGAAAGAAGAGCAGACGUGGAGAGAGAACCAGCAGGCGAGCUGGGCACCCAGGAAGGUGCUAGCAGAUCAGCAUGGUAGAAGAGCUAGAGCUUUUUCCAGCCACCCUCAUAGAGCAGCCCGUUAGCUAGUCAUUAAAGACUGAAGCGAACUGACUGGAUUUUUCUGCUGAUGUGUUGCACUGCAGCUGGGUUUGCAGGAAAUGACUGAGGCUUCUGGUAGAUGUGGGGAGCAGGCACGUUGACUCAUUCAGGAGCCUGGCUCUCUUCCAGGUGGUGUCCGUUACGCAGUGCACAUUCGCAGUCUGCCUCUGCCCUCCAUCCUGAGCAAAGCAGUAAUGACACAGUAUUUGCCCCCCGGAUCGGUUGUAAGCCAGUCUGAGAAUCGGAGUUCAGUGAAAUGUAAAAGCAGAAAUGGUAGCAGCAAGCUCCUCUGACUGAGCCUCUGUCUCCUCCCCCUCCUUUCACACUGAGGACAGAGUGGCUGAGAUAACAGGGGUUGUCAUCCCGGAGCAACUCCGUCCUCACUCCAGCAGCGGGCUGGACUAGAUGCCGUGACAGAGGGCACGGCUACUCUUACUGCACCUGGUCAUUGGUGCAGUGCUGUGUGUGGAAGCGGUUGGGGUGCAGAGGGGAGGAAGUGUCUAUCCUGAUCCCAGCUGGGGAUCACAUUAUGUCCUGCAGUAUGAAGCUUCUGGGCCAUUCCAGUUUCUGCAUUAACUAGUGACCUGUGCAGCUUUAUAAGUGACUCAUCAUUGGGAGGAUAAAGUUACAUGGCCUAGGCACUUGAAAGGCUUGUAGAGUUUGGGGGUUUUAAAUAAAUCGACUGAUCUUCAGCCCUAGCCACUAGUUGGGUGACUGUCAGGUGGGUCUGCGGAAGGAGAGUGAUGGCGUCAUGGAUCAGUCUGGGGAGGCGUUCCAUGCGGAGAGCAUGGUGCAGAAGAAAGCGUAGCCACCCGUGAGCUGCCUGGCCAUGGAGGCUGGCAGAUGGGCUAGUACGACAGGAGACGCAGGCAGAGCUGAUCAGGAACAUGCAGAUGAGGACAAGGAGCUGUCACAUGACACACUAGAUGAGGAACAGGGGCUGGAAAAACUGGGCUUUGCUGUGCCAAUCUGCAAUAAACCCUUCAACAAGCAAGUGCGCUGUCUCCUGUCGCAGACUGUGCUGUCCCUGCUAAGCUCUUUGAGGAAGGUUUGAGCUUUGUGGCCUCUGCAUGGAGAGAAAUGGCAAAGCCCCUGCUUUGCUCUGUACGAACUGUGGGUGGGGUAGGGUAGGGACUGGGUACAGGAAAAACAGUCCCUGGGUUUGGGUCAGCUGGAACACUCCUGAUGUGAAUAGCAAGUGCUAACUGAGGGCUACCAUGCUGCACUAGAUAAACUGAAAAACACCAGCUGCCAAAGCCACUGGGCAUCUCAGCAGCAGGCUUGUUUUGGUCACUGGGCCCCGAGAGCAGCCGGCUAGAGGGCUUAAUACAGUGGCCCUGUAGCUUUUAGUAAGGCACUUAGCUAUGGAUGUACAGUUCAGUUGCAGCAUCUGACUUUCCCAGGAGUGUGUCUGUGUGAGAGAUCCCAGUGCAGAUGGAUUAACUGAAGCUCAAAGAGUGAGGGAUUUACAAAGGUAAGACGGCCUCUGAACUGGGAUUAGAACAAGAUCCUCUUGGUUUGCAGCCCCCUCUUCUGAGCUCACAGGACUCUGUACUUGAGGGGCUCGUGCUUGGAACCUGCUGAAUACUUUCAAAGAACUGAGAUUGGGGCACGGGAGGGUGUUUGUUCAGUCUGACAGUGUCAUCUUGGAGUCCUGAUGGGUUCUUAGCAGGCAUUGCUGCAGAGUGGGGGUAAGGGGUUGGCCCUAUAAACCCCUACCUACAGCACCACCUGCAAAUCCAACACUACGUGUCUCAGAAGAGUUGUCACUUGUCUUGUCCUGCUGCAGCGUUCACACUGCACAGCGGCAGCAUAGAAGAUAAGGCCCUGUGCUUCCUACCCAUCUGGGUUUGGGGGCAUCUUGCUGCCUCAGCAUGCUCCCUGUUCACCUCCUGCCGGGCGAGCCCCUUUGAUUUGGAGGUCCCAUUUGAAACAACUGAACAUGUUCAGCAUUGAGGAAAGAAAGUCUCUGUUCCCAAAGCUUUUAUUAAAUAAGCUUAAUCCUUAUUUAUGUUGCAGUAGCACCCAAAGACCUCUGUCAGUCCCCUUGCAUCAGGAGCUGUACGUAGUCUGUGCCCGAAGAGCGCUUAAUCUCGUAAAGCACCCAGCCCUCUCUAGUUUCUUUCCCACUCUUAUUUUGCCUCACCAGCUUUCUUCUAUUUCCCCACA